CAUGUCUGGGCAAAGUAAAAUUGCUGUAAACAGAACAAUGUUCCUGCAUUAAUGAUUGUCAUGUGGGAAUGCGGUAUCCGACGUUUCGUAUUAUUUAGAUUCAACCAAAUAGAUGGAGAUAAACAUGUCGUAUUUAUUUAAACGUUAAAGAGAAUAAUAUUUUUUAAGUUGGCGGACAGAUAACUGUGAUAUUCCACUAAUAGUAAUAAGCGUAGUGAUGGUGACUUCACUACGAGUUUGACAUUUUAGUAGGUCCGCCUUGGACAUAGGCCUGCCAUACAAGACAUGUUUAUUUCCUGAUUACCUCGACUGACACCACCUUCUCCCAGAAAUCGUCAUCACAGAACAGAAUGGCAGACGAGUUAUUCAGCAAACGAUUGCCUGUUCUGUUCAAGUCAAAUGACAGAGAAGACAGAAGAGGAUCUGUUUAUCUGCGAAUGGAGAUUCAGGCUGUGUCUGCACCACUGCAAAGAAAGGAGCUGGUUGUACGACUGACAGAUGAAAAGGAUUUAUUUUUCCUGUACACUUUGAGACUUGGUGAAGAGGAUUUUCAGACACUGAAGCUACAGCAGGGUUUGUUGGUUGACGUUGGUGCUUUCCCACAAAAGUUCAUUGAUCUCCUUGAGUUAUGCUUGAAGGAAGAACACAAAGAUAAUCCUAAAUUUAUUCUCCAUCUUGUAUCCCAGUGUUCCCUAGCAGGAGAGAAGUCGUCAGCUGUUCUGAAUAUAAUUGAAACUAAUCCUUUCAAACAUCUGACUCAUCUGUCUCUCAAGUUUGUGCCAGGCAGUGAUGCAGAUAUUAAAAAAUAUUUAGCUGACUGUUUGAAGCAGCUCACGGAAACAAACAUGCUCCUGCAGCAGAGGCUGGAACAUACCAACACAGAUCUUAGUCAAAAGUUACAACAUACUCAAGAGUCACUGGCUGCCAGGACAGCGGAGCUUGAGAAUCUCAAAUCGGAAUGGACGUCUCGUAUAGCAGAUUUGUUCUCGCGACAUAAGGAGGAGAUAACUGCAGAGAAAGAAAGAUCUAUGCAAGUCCAGAAUAGUUUACAGGAAAGAUAUGAACGAGAGAAAAGAGAAUUGGAGCAGGCCAGUACUAAACUAGUCCAUCAGAUGGAGUCGAAGAUACACGACUUGGAUAGAAACAACAAAGAUUUGAUGGACAAGAAUUACAAAUCGGAAUCAACGGUGCGCGAACUGCGAUCGAAGCUGUCAGGGUUGGAGGAGGACCACAUGCGGAUGAAGCAGGACAUCCAGACUCUGCGUAAACAGAACGCGGGCCUGGACAGUGAGUACCACGAGCAGGAGAAGCUGAUCAACCAGCUGCGCACCCGGAUAGCGGUGCUCGAGCAGGAGGUCAAGGACAAGGAGCAUGUUCUCGCCAAGUCAUCCGACCUGUUGCAUGCAGAGCAGGACCAGAAGAAUAAAUAUAAAGAAGAUCUGGACAGGAAAAAUAAAGAUCUUGCUAGGCUGGAAUCCAAGGUGAAGGCAAUGUCAGAAGAGCUGGUGAAGGGCAAUGAAAUUAUCAAAAAACUUCAAGGAGAAAUUAAAAAUUAUCAUGCUAAGGUCAAACUGAGAAACCAGAUAGCAACAGAACAAGAAAAGUUGUUAAGUGAAAAGGAUCAAGAAUUGGAGAAGUUACGUCAGGAGCUUGCAACCAUCAAGGACAGUUACAGACAAAACGAAGAUGAGAACAAGAAGCUGAAGGACAGUCUCGAGAGUACAACAAACAAACUGGAGGAAUGUCGUCAGUUACUCAAGACUAAUGAAAAUGUUAUUCAGUGGCUCAAUAAACAGAUAAAUGAACAACAACUGUCUCAUCACAGAUUGGGAGCAUUUGAAAUGCCAUCAGCUACUUCCAAUAUGAGACCAUCUUCAGCUGGCAUGCACAAUUUUAGUACAUCAAGUUACGGGUCUGCAUCACACCUUCCCAGUCAGCCUAUGACAAACCCAGGUAUAGCGAUGCCUCGUCCUUACCCAAAUGCUCACCGACAACCACAGGUGCAAUACAACCCGGGUAACCCUAGAAAAACUCAUCUGCCUGUACCGGUCAGCCGUGUCGGUCCUCCGCCACCCAUUCCAGAAGAAAUCAGACCUACAAGUAACCAUAGUAACCAUUCAUCACCAGGAUCAACCCAUUCAGCAGAUAAAGAAAAUGAUCCUCCAGUGGACCCCAAGUAUUUCCAGAAACGAGAAGACGCAAUUCCAGUGCGAGGCUUGAUGAACCGAAGUAAUUCUCCAGUGAUGACUUCAGCUCCCCAAACCACUGUGGUUACCAAUAGCUCAACUCGAAUCAGUCAGCAGAUGAUAGUUCCCCGACACACCCAGCCUCCACUUGCCUCUGCUUAUUUCCCGGGCCAGAGCAAAGCAUCUUGAAACCUAUUUCAACUGAAAUCAAACAUGCAGUGCAAUUUCAGUGAAACUGUUAAUAUUUAUUUGUUGGGGACAGUGGACAGAACACACGAAAGAUAUUUAGCAUAUGCUCAAGUGGUGUUGAAGCCUGUUACAGUCGGUUGCAGGUGCAGAUCCAGGAGGUGUACACCCCUCUUCAGAACUUCAAAGUUCCAUGGAAAUUCUCUAUAUAAUGCAUGUACUUUGGAAUACCAUAGAUUUUCUUUUUGGAGGUUGCACCCCUCCCUAGAAAAUUGCUACAUCAACUCUUGAAUGUUAAUCUAGUCUUGGGGACUGGUGGAGGGACAAGGAGGACCCUAUGCUACGUUCACUGUUGCACAUUGUGUGACUACGUUCACUGUGAAAAUAUGUUUUCACAACAGAUGACAUAGUCUGUGACAGUGAUUGCUCUAAGUAUAAAGUUGUUUGCAACAAGAGGGUAUUUAUAUUUAUCAGUCUUCAGUGCACCAAAUAUCUAUCCAGAGACAUUUGAAACCUGUGUGAAAAGUGGAAUUCUUCAUCGCAAAACAUCUCAAGUAUUGUAAUCCACGGACAAAUUCAUUAGUUUAAAAAUAGAAAUGCUUGAGGAUUUCUUUGCAUGUUAAUCACUGAAUAUGUACAUGAGGUUACAUACUAUAUAAAAUUAUACUAACAGACAUAACUGUGGGAGGUAUAGUGCUCUCCUUUGACAAUGGUGCUACCACAAAUAUUUAUGGCAGUUCUCUAGGGCCUCAAAAUAUUAUUGUGGCAUGAGUACUCUCCCUUGACUUGCCACAAAAUAUGAAUUUUGUAUGAUGUAGAGAUCUCUGUAUUGAAAUUGAUAUAUGACUGGUAUGGGGCAAAUAUCUCUAUAAUGAAACUCGUGUUGCCAAACUUGAUGGUAAUGUUAAGUACAGUUCUCUCCAUUGUGAAUGAUGCAGCCAAACUAGACCAAUAGGAAUUGGUAUUGAUAAUAAAAUUAUAUAGAUGAUGCUUAUUGUAGAUGUAGUGAAUGAAACCAGCAUGCUGCAGGAAAAAAAAAAUUACUCUGUGCAUGUGUGUGUUUGAAUAUGUGAAUGAGUAUUUGUACAGGGUUACACAUAUAUAAAAUAUUAAAUAUG